AUGCCUGAAGCCACACGCAGACUGCUCUACCAACUCAACAGCCGCUGGAUCUACGGCAAGAUACCACUCCUGCACACGACCGUCUUCCUCCUCCAGAUCAUGGCUGUCUCGCUCAUCGCCCGCAAGUACAAUAGCUACUAUGGCCAGCGACCAGUGCUCACCACCAUGAUCACCAACGCGGUAUGUGUCCCCGUGCUUGGUGGCAUUGCAGACACAGUAGCCCAGACUCUGACCGCCGUCCGCGAGCGCGCAAACCGCAAAGGCGGCGCAGGCAAGGACGACUUCCUCGCAAUCGAAAUCCACGACCUCGACCGCCGCAACCCGUGGCCCGCACACGACAUCAUCCCCGACUCGAGGAAGCUGCCGCCUCCCUUCGACUUCGAGCGCACAAUCCGCUUCAUGUCCUACGGUUUCCUUAUGUCGCCCAUUCAGCACCGCUGGUUCGGUUUCCUCUCCAAGACAUUCCCUAUCACAAAGAUCGGCAGCGCGUGGAUACCGGCGCUCAAGCGUGUUGCAUUUGAUCAGUUUCUCUUUGCGCCAGCCGGUCUUGCGGCGUUCUUCACGUACAUGACGAUUGCAGAGGGUGGUGGAAAGCGCGCUGUGCAGCGCAAGUUCCAGGACGUCUACGUUCCAGCGCUGAAGGCCAACUUCUUGAUCUGGCCGACUGUGCAGAUCAUCAACUUCAGGGUCAUGCCCAUCCAGUUCCAGAUUCCCUUUGUUUCCACCGUCGGUAUCGCCUGGACCGCAUACCUCUCUCUGACCAAUUCCGCCGAGGAGGCGUAA